AUGGCGCACGCUGCCUCCCAGCUCAAGAAGAAAGCGGAUGAAAACCUCGCUGCAGAGGAGGAGGAAAAGAAGAAAAAGAGCAAGAAGAAGCCCAGAGAAGUCAAGAAAAAGACUGAUGUAAACGCGUGUUACCUUCGAGCGGCGCGGGCGGGUAACGUGGAGAAGGCUCUGGAAUAUCUGAAGAAUGGAGUGGACAUCAACAUCUGCAAUCAGAACGGCCUCAACGCUCUGCACCUGGCGUCGAAGGAGGGCCAUGUGGAAGUGGUGUCGGCCCUCAUCAAACACGGGGCCAACGUGGAUGCAGCCACAAAGAAAGGGAACACAGCUCUGCACAUAGCAUCGCUCGCUGGGCAGACGGACGUGGUCAAGGAACUCGUUACUCAUGGGGCCAACGUCAACUCACAAUCACAGAAUGGCUUCACUCCCUUGUACAUGGCGGCGCAGGAGAACCAUCUGGACGUGGUGCAGUUUCUUCUGGAGAACGGUUCCAGUCAGAGCAUUGCCACUGAGGACGGCUUCACUCCCCUGGCGGUGGCGCUGCAGCAGGGCCACGAACAGGUCGUUUCUCUGCUCCUGGAAAACGAUACGAAAGGGAAGGUCCGCCUCCCCGCUUUGCACAUCGCCGCGCGCAAAGACGAUACAAAGGCGGCCGCUCUCCUGCUUCAAAACGACCACAACGCAGACAUCGAGUCCAAGAUGGUGGUGAAUAGGACUACUGAGAGCGGCUUCACUCCCCUGCACAUUGCCGCGCACUACGGCAACAUCAACGUGGCUACAUUAUUGCUAAACAGAGGGGCAGCUGUGGACUUCAAGGCAAGGAACGACAUAACACCGCUGCACGUCGCUUCCAAACGUGGGAACACAAACAUGGUGCGUCUGCUGGUGGAGCGAGGAGCCAAAAUAGACGCACGAACGAAGGAUGGUUUGACUCCGCUGCACUGUGGGGCCAGAAGUGGACAUGAGCAGGUGGUGGAGAUGCUGCUGGACAGAGGAGCGCCGAUCCUGUCCAAAACAAAGAACGGCCUGUCCCCGCUGCACAUGGCCACGCAGGGCGACCAUUUGAACUGUGUGCAGCUGCUCCUGCAUCACGAGGUCCCGGUGGACGACGUGACUAACGAUUAUCUCACGGCGCUCCACGUGGCCGCGCACUGUGGCCACUACAAGGUCGCCAAGGUCAUCGUGGACAAGAAAGCCAACCCCAACGCCAAAGCACUGAAUGGGUUCACCCCUUUGCACAUUGCCUGUAAGAAGAACAGAGUGAAAGUGAUGGAGCUGCUCUUGAAACAUGGCGCAUCCAUACAAGCCGUCACUGAGUCUGGUCUCACUCCCAUCCAUGUGGCAGCUUUUAUGGGACAUGACAACAUUGUUCAUCAGUUGAUCAACCACGGGGCGUCUCCAAACACAAGCAACGUGAGAGGAGAGACAGCGCUUCACAUGGCAGCGCGAGCGGGACAGUCCAAUGUGGUGAGGUAUCUGCUGCAGAACGGGGCGCGAGUGGAUGCCAAGGCCAAGGACGACCAGACAGCGCUGCACAUUGCCAGUCGACUGGGGAAACCAGACAUCGUUCAGCAGCUCUUGUCCAAUGGAGCGUGUCCCGACUCCAGCACCAGCUCUGGGUACACCCCCCUGCACCUGGCAGCGCGGGAGGGUCACCGGGACAUCGCCGCUGCCCUCCUGGACCAGGGCGCAGGCCAAGGGGUCACCACCAAGAAGGGGUUUACUCCCUUGCACGUAGCAGCAAAAUACGGGAAGAUUGAAGUAGCAAACCUGCUCUUACAGAAGGGCGCCCAGUCAGAUGCUGCUGGGAAGAGUGGACUAACCCCACUGCAUGUGGCAGCGCACUAUGAUAACCAGAAGGUGGCGCUGCUCCUGCUGAACCAGGGAGCCUCGCCGCACGCUGCAGCCAAGAACGGAUACACACCACUUCACAUUGCAGCUAAGAAGAAUCAGAUGGAAAUAGCCACGACGUUACUGGAGUAUGGAGCCUCCACCAACACCGAAACACGCCAGGGCAUCACUCCUCUCCAUCUGGCGGCACAAGAGGGCAACGUGGACAUGGUCACGCUGCUGUUGGCUCGGGACGCUCCCAUCAACAUGAGCAAUAAGUCUGGCCUGACACCGCUCCACUUGGCUGCCCAGGAGGAUAAAGUCAAUGUGGCUGAAAUUUUAGUAAAUCAGGGAGCGACUAUUGACCCAGAGACCAAGGUCACAGACAAUAUUUGA